AUGGACCCCUGGGUGGCCAUAAAUAUUUCUGUCAUUAAUGGUCAGAGCAGCGUGACCAGCGAGAUAAACAUCAAACUGGUGGUAGUGUCCAUUGAAGGAAGUGUCCUUCACAAGGCCACCAGGGACGUGCGGCCCUUGGCAUGUGCUGCCCUCUUCAUCCCCACGCCUUGCUGUGCCUGCUACCUCCGGGACGCGGUAGACAAGCACAGGCCCUAUGGACGCUGGGGACGGCGGUUCCUCUUCCUGGCCCUGGCUCUCGUGGUCACUGCAGUCCUGUGGGCCUUCAUCCUGAGCAUCCUACUUUCCAAGGCCUCCACGCAGCAGGGGGAGUUGCUCCGGCGCCAGGACCUGCUGAGAGCAAACGCCUCGGAGCACACGGUGGUGCUGGGCCACUUGAAGGAAGAGUUCCGAGCCUGCAAUAGCUGCUGCCUGGACACGCAGGCGCAGCUGAAGACCGCGCGCGCAGAGCUUGCGGAGGCGCAGGUGAAGCUGAUCCAGCAGCAGAGCGCCCUGAAAGAACUGAGCGAGCGCGUGACCCAGAGCUUGGCUGAAGCCGGGAGAGACCGCGAGAACAUCCGCAGCGAGCUGUUCCGGGAGUUGGAGGCCGUCCGAGCUGGAAACAGUUCCUGUGAGCAGUGCCCCACGUCGUGGCUGCCCUUCCAGGGUUCCUGCUACUUUUUCUCGGUGGUGCGGGCCAGAUGGGAAGAGGCGCAGCUCAAUUGUGCGGGCGCGGGUGCGCACCUGGUGAUUGUCAGGAACCUGGAGGAGCAGGGCUUCCUGAGUCGGAAUACAAGAGGCCGCGGUUACUGGCUGGGCCUCAGGGCCGUGCGCCACGCGAGCAAGGUCCAGAGCUAUCAGUGGAUAGACGGAGUCUCGCUCAGCUUCAGCCACUGGAACCGGGGUGAGCCCAAUGACUCCCUGGGGCGCGAGGACUGCGUCAUGAUGCAGCGUACCGGGCUAUGGAACGACGCUCCUUGCGACAGUGAGAAGGACAGCUGGAUCUGCGAGAAGAGGCUCAGCUGCUGAGCCCACCCAAUCCCCUGAGCCAGACCACCUGCCGCCUGAGCCAGGCCACCAGCUGCCCGUGUCGUCCCUCAGCUGCUGGCCCUCCUGGUUCUUCCCACCACCGUCUGGUGUGUGUGUCUUUUCUUCUCCCGCCCACCGCUAUUGAGGAGAAACAGCCCCACUCAGCCGGGUCCAGUGUCUGCGAUCUGGGACCUCCGCUCCAACCUCUUCCCCUCGGACCUAGCGUAACCUCCACCUCUUCCAAAACCCUGGCUCCUGGGCCCUUUGAUCUGGCCCCACGUCCCUCCCCAGCCGAGGUCAGAUGGCUCAGAGAUGGAGCUGUUUGGUCUUCCUGCCUUCUUCCCUGGCUGGGAGGCCUCAAGGAGAGGGGUUUUGUGUCUGUCCUCGAAGCCCUAGGGAGCAUGGGGACACGUUUGAGAUAUGAACCUUGGCUCCCAGCUGUGGGAACCUUCUGAGCUUUAUCCCAAAGACCAUGACAUGAUCCCUGCGAGUGACCCCGACCUCUCUGAGUGUCCUCAUGGUUCUAUGAUGCCCUGAACCCGAGUGACUGGCCUGCUCUGGGCCAGGAGGGCUGUGCAGACACUGGGGACACACGAGUGAGGCAGGCCCAGUCCUGGCUCCCACCUGCGCCUGACUGUCGCACUCUGGUCCAGCUUGGCACAGGACUGCUGUGACCCGUGAGAGACUCAGUGGAGGAAUCCAGGAGUGAGUGAUGCAGGACGGGCCUGAGGGAGCCAACUGUGUCCUCGGGGAGAGAGAUUGUGCUGAGAUACCAAAGGGGGUGGCCCCUUCUCUGGAAGACACUGUCACUGCCUUGUGGCAACAUCAGGCGGCCUGAGACAAGGCCCUGAGGCUGGUGUGAGAGGGGCUGCUGGGAUCUGAGCAGCAGGGGCCUUGUGUCUCAGGCACUUAGGUUCUGUGACCCCUGGGUGGGACAAUGGGGAAAUACGUCCAGAGAAGAUGAGCUUUCGAGGACCAAUGGGAUUUCAGCACGUGGAGGGUGGCGGAAGGCAGGAAGUGGGGCGGAGCCCCACAGGCAGGUACAGGGGCCACAAAGCCUGGCUUUAUCCACUGGGGGUUUUGAUCUGAAUUCACCCUUCUCCCCAGGUUUCCUGCCCCUGUCCUGGGCCCUGGGGGCUGUCCUGAAAUUUCCAGGGGAGUCAGGUCUAACUAAGGGGUGAGAACUGAGUGCAAAACCAAAGCUGCUGGUGGCCCCUGGGGUGCCCAGGCCCGAGAGCACUGACUGAGCAGGAGGAAGAAAGGACACCGCCGACACACCUUGCACAGGUGACGCCGCUCAGUGCUGUCAGCAGCCAGCCCUCCCGCCCUUCUCUGUGCCCUUUCCACGUGUGGCUCAGAGCAAGGCCCUGGCCCGGCCCGGGAGCUGUCUGACCCCUGGACACAGAGCACACCCAGUGAACUGUCAGCCAGACUGGCAGCUUCCCAGAGGGUCAGCUUGCAGGAGUGCACGGGUCCAUUAGGGUCGCUGUAACAUGAGCACCGCUGGAUGGCUUAGGACAGCACACGUCCUGUGGCUUAGGGCCUGGUCAGGGGUCUCAGUUGGUUGGAGCGUCAUCCCGUAUUUCUCAAAGUCCUGGGUUCGACCCCCCGGUCAGGACACCUACCUG